CCCAAAGCAGGGAAAAGUGGAAAAAGUUCCAAAGAAGGACAAGACGUAUUAGAACCAGAGAUUCCCAGCAAGAAAAACAGCCUUAUUACUGCCCCGGCCACAGCAUCCAAUAAAAUAAAAGUGCCAAUCCCUCAGCCCAUAGUGAAGAAAGAAAAACGGCAGAAUUCCUCCAGAUUUAGCAUCAGCAAUAAUAGAGAACUUCAGAAACUACCAUCUUUAAAAGAUGUUCCUCCUGCCGAUCAAGAGAAGCUUUUUAUCCAGAAGUUACGUCAGUGUUGUGUCCUCUUUGACUUUGUUUCCGACCCACUAAGUGACCUAAAGUGGAAGGAAGUAAAACGAGCUGCUUUAAGUGAGAUGGUAGAAUACAUCACCCAUAAUCGGAAUGUGAUCACAGAGCCGAUUUACCCGGAAGUAGUCCACAUGUUUGCAGUUAACAUGUUUCGCACGUUACCGCCUUCCUCCAACCCUACGGGAGCAGAGUUUGACCCAGAGGAAGACGAGCCAACGUUAGAAGCCGCCUGGCCUCACCUGCAGCUUGUUUAUGAAUUUUUCUUAAGAUUUUUAGAGUCUCCAGAUUUCCAACCUAAUAUAGCGAAGAAAUAUAUUGAUCAGAAGUUUGUAUUGCAGCUUUUAGAGCUCUUCGACAGCGAAGAUCCUCGGGAGAGAGAUUUUCUUAAAACUACCCUUCACAGAAUCUAUGGAAAAUUCUUAGGCUUAAGAGCUUACAUCAGAAAACAGAUAAAUAAUAUAUUUUAUAGGUUUAUUUAUGAAACAGAGCAUCACAAUGGCAUAGCAGAGUUACUGGAAAUAUUGGGAAGCAUAAUUAACGGAUUCGCCUUACCACUGAAAGAAGAACACAAGAUCUUCCUACUGAAGGUGUUGCUGCCUCUGCACAAAGUGAAGUCCCUGAGCGUCUACCACCCCCAGCUGGCGUACUGUGUAGUCCAGUUUCUAGAAAAGGACAGCACCCUCACCGAACCAGUGGUGAUGGCACUUCUCAAAUACUGGCCAAAGACUCACAGUCCGAAAGAAGUGAUGUUCUUAAACGAGCUGGAAGAGAUCCUAGAUGUGAUCGAACCGUCGGAGUUCGUCAAGAUCAUGGAGCCACUCUUCCGGCAGCUGGCCAAGUGUGUCUCCAGCCCCCACUUCCAGGUGGCCGAGCGAGCACUGUACUACUGGAAUAACGAGUACAUCAUGAGCCUCAUCAGCGACAACGCGGCGAAGAUCCUGCCCAUCAUGUUCCCGUCCUUGUACCGCAACUCGAAGACCCACUGGAACAAGACAAUACAUGGCUUGAUAUACAACGCGCUGAAACUGUUCAUGGAGAUGAACCAGAAGCUGUUUGAUGACUGCACCCAGCAGUUCAAAGCAGAGAAACUGAAAGAGAAGCUAAAAAUGAAAGAACGUGAAGAAGCGUGGGUUAAAAUAGAAAAUCUAGCCAAAGCAAACCCCCAGUACGCAGUGUAUAGUCAAGCGAGCACCAUGAGCAUCCCGGUUGCAAUGGAGACAGAUGGGCCCUUGUUUGAAGAUGUGCUGAUGCUGAGAAAGGCAGUGAACGAAGAGGCUCGCCAGGCACAGAAGGACCUGAAGAAGGACCGGCCCCUGAUCCGCCGCAAGUCCGAGCUGCCUCAGGAGCCCCACACCAAGAACGCCUUGGAGGCUCACUGCAGAGCCGACUCGCUGCUGCCCCAGGACGGCCGCUAGCCCCGCCGCCUCGGCCCGCCGCCGGCUCCUUCUGGAUUCUGUAGAAAACACGCCCUUUUCGUGCCAUACAAAUCAGUUACACUCAGAGUCAGAGCUCCCCUCGCCCCCGCCCCGUAGGCAACACGCACUUCCGCCUCAGCUCGAGAUUAGGAGUUCAAACAAUGGUGACCCCCAGACCGCGGCCGGGCUCGGGGCCCCGACGGCGUCCCCGCCACCUCGUCGCGACCCCGGCACAGGCCCCGAUCAGACAGUUUCCCAAAAUCAGAGCUAAGCAGAGCACCCUGGUCGUCACCCUCACGUCCCACCCAAACGGAACCUGCGAUCAUUUCACAUAGGAGGUUCUAGGGUCACGUCAAGGUUUUCAAAUCAGAGGAACACUCAGAAAGUGUCGCACGUCGUUUGAGACGUCGCAGCCUUUGAGAGUGUUUCUGCGUGAUUGUUAGGCCAGCAGUUUCUUUCCUCCUGUGUUUUUCUGAAUCUCGCUGACAGGGUUCUUUGCUGUCCUUGUUCUAACACGACUUCCUGGGAAAGGUGACCUGACAAUCCUCAACCGCUGUUUUUUCCUGAAGCUUUUCUUUGACGACAUGCAGACCAUGUCCGACCGCUGUGUCUGUAAAGCCAUAUUUCCCCUCCGCGCCCCCAAGCCCAGAACCCCAGGAGUGAGGUCGCGGAGAAUUUUACUUUAAAAAAGAGCUUUCUCUGUCUACCUUGACCGGAAUUGGCAUUUUGAAGUAACGCGUUCAGUUUCUGGUUCGCAGGAUUUUUUUUCUCUACUAACAAACACAUCAUUGCCCUUUAACAAGGCACUCGAAUUCGUCGCAUUAGAGUCUCUAAGAACGCCACACGGGAGGGAGCUAGAAUAAGGGCCUUCCGAGUCACGCCACUUCUCGGCCUCGUGCAGGCUGCAGCCGCCUUUGGCCAAACGCAGCGAAAAUGACACCGCGCGUGCCGGGCAGUGGCGUGGCCUCCGCUUGCUGCCGUGACGUGGUUCUCAGCUCAGAGGAGGCAGCAGUGAGGACGGCUUCACAUGAGUCUUUUUUUACGCUGAAAAGAGCACGCGUUCCAAACACCCGCACGGGGGUGCGGUGUGUGGGUUUUCAUCGAGCGCUGCUGUCUAUUCUGCAGGCUUCCUUGCAUGUACUGAGCUUUUCGGUUUUGAUGGCGUAGCACGAGGAGAAAAUUCCUUACACGUUAGUGCCGUGUCUGUCCUUCAUUUCUCUCAGGGUGGCCAGCAUCUUGACUUACUCAUCCUGCUUGAAAGCUCUUCGAGAUGUGUGCUGCUGUUCUAACAAGUGAUUCUAGUUUCUUUUUGUCUCCGGCAUAAGAUUUUAUAACUCGAUGUUAAAUGUCUGGAUGCAUAAGAGAUAAUGUGGCUUCUUUUAGGAUCUGUUUCUCAAUCAAGGUCUCGGGUACCCACUCAGACGUUGUGGAAAGCAGACACCGUUCCCUGUGCAGCUGUGGUGCCUGCCGCUGUUCAUCGCUUCCACUGAAAUCCACUGAGUGUUUAUUUCCUGUGUCUUGGAAGAAAAAUCAUUUGGGGGAGAGGGAACUCCUUGUGCAAAGAGCAAGUACGAAAUUCAGAGAUUGCCCCAGCCGGAAGCGAGAAGCCCACCUCGUGAGCGGAAACACUUCCUGAGAAACUUGACAAGUCUCUAUCCAUUUUACCAUUAUGAAACUUAUAAUUUUAAAAAAGUUUAGAUGCCUUCUCCUUUUGAGGGAAAAAGGGUGCUUUUUAUUGUAUAAAGCAGCGUCUUACGUAUUUUGAUAUACCAUUGUUUGAACUUCCGUCUUUAGCUGAUAGACGCUCAGAUAUCCUUGAUUCUGGAUGCUCCGUGUGUUUGUGAGAGAGCUUUCUGGAAGACUCUCUUUUUGCCCUAGGGAAAAAGCAAAAUAUCAGUGUCCGGGUGAUUGUGUAAAAGCUCAACGUAUAAGAACAUCUUUUUGUCUAGGUUUUAUUUCUGCUCUUUAUUGAAGACAAACAUUCACCAAAAGGGGGGGGGGGAAAGUUAUGAGAGAAACUAAUUUUCUUUGACAAGAGUAUUAUUUAAUAUUUUGGCCUAUUAAAGUUUUCCUAGUUAGUACUCAGAUUCCCUGUGCUAAUUGUUCAACUUAUAUAUUAUUAUAUAGAUACAUUGUUUAUUCUGUACCAAAAUGGUUUCAAAAUUACUACAUUGACAAUAAACUGGUGACUGUUUUUCUUCAUAAAGCUGUGGCAU